AAGCAAUCAAUCAACCGAUCAGGCUUUACCAUCCCCUCUUCAAUAUAUACGAGUCAGUUAAUCAGACCAAGGCAGCAUCCAUCGAUUCAGUCAAACAAAAAAAGUGAGCCAGUCACCAAGAAGUGACCUCAACGUGCUGUGAGCAAACAAUAGAAGUUGACGAGUCACUUAGUUACACGACCAUCCGAGAAAAUUAGAUGCAGGGAGUCAAACAAUCAAACGAUCAACCAAACCACACUCAGACAAAGUAUCACAUACUAAAUAUUUAUACAACACCAAUUGCUUCACCUCCUUAUGAAGCCCUGAUGAAGUUGUUUAGCGUGACAUUGAAAUGUUUACCAGUUAGUACCCUGACUAUGAAGAAUAAUCAGUGUUCAAAAACUUUUCAUCUGAACACAGAACUAGUGUUCUUAUCUUCACCCCAAACGCAGACAUCUACCAACUGUAUACUCUGUAUGUUGAUUCAGACAUUUACAUACCAGUGUGUAAUCAGAAUCCAAUCAAAUGCUUCGAAAAAAAUCAGUAUUCCUCUUUCGAUUCACUCCAGUAAUGGGUUAUAACAAUAGAAUCUGAUUUUGUGAGUUGUCUGCAGGAUGUUGUUCUUGAACAUGGAAGCUGUUUGUUGCAUCGAAAUCUGUGUGUUCAAUCUUUU